GGGUCCUGCGGGCGGUGGUCGAGGCGGCCAACGUGGGAGCUUCUGUCCUCUGCCUGUGUGAGAAGGGAGAUGCCAUGAUCAUGGAGGAGACUGGCAAGAUUUUCAAGAAGGAAAAAGAGAUGAAAAAAGGAAUUGCCUUCCCGACGAGUAUAUCCGUAAAUAACUGUGUGUGUCACUUCUCCCCCCUGAAGAGUGACCAGGAUUACAUCCUCAAAGACGGAGACUUGGUCAAAAUUGACCUGGGAGUCCACGUCGAUGGCUUCAUUGCCAACGUAGCUCACAGCUUCGUCAUAGAUGCCUCAAAGGAGCAGCCCGUGUCGGGCCGCAAGGCCGAUGUGAUCAAGGCAGCUCAUCUCUGUGCCGAGGCCGCCCUGCGCCUGGUGAAGCCUGGAAACCAGAACACACAAGUGACAGAUGCAUGGAACAAAAUCGCCCACUCGUUUCACUGCACACCCAUUGAAGGGAUGUUGUCGCACCAGCUGAAGCAGCACGUGAUUGAUGGAGAGAAAACAAUCAUCCAGAACCCCACAGACCAGCAGAAGAAGGACCAUGAAAAAGCAGAAUUUGAGGUCCACGAAGUUUACGCUGUGGAUGUUCUGGUCAGCAGUGGAGAGGGAAAGGCGAAGGACGCGGGGCAGAGAACCACGAUUUACAAAAGGGACCCGUCCAAGCAGUACGGCCUGAAGAUGAAAACCUCCCGUGCCUUCUUCAGUGAGGUGGAGCGGCGCUUCGACACCAUGCCCUUCACCCUCAGGGCAUUUGAGGAUGAGAAGAAGGCCAGGAUGGGGGUGGUGGAAUGCGCCAAACACGAGCUGCUCCAGCCCUUCAACGUCCUCUACGAGAAGGAAGGGGAGUUUGUUGCACAGUUCAAGUUCACGGUGCUUUUAAUGCCCAACGGCCCCAUGAGGAUAACGAGCGGCCCCUUCGAGCCCGAGCUCUACAAGUCGGAGUUUGAGGUGCAGGAUGGAGACCUGAAGGCCCUUCUACAAAGUUCUGCAAGCAGGAAGACCCAGAAAAAGAAGAAAAAGAAGGCCUCCAAGAACGCAGAAAAUGCCACCACGGGAGAGACGGCGGAAGAGAACGAGGCCGGGGACUGA